CCAGGAAAAGAAUCACCUGAAAGGAGCAGAGAGAAAAAUCCAUGGAGCUCUCGCAGGCUGAGAAUAGUUCAUAUUCCCACCAGUCAGAAUGGUAAGCUUUGUAAUCCACAAGGUAUUGAGUAGUCAGAAGGCUAUUGCCUCAGUACAGUGGAAAAAAAAAUUAAUCCUAAAGCCAGCUCUAGUCCUGCUUAACAAAGCUUAAAAGCAAACGUGAAAGAAUCGAAGUGUUUCCAUUGCAUCCCAGCACAAAGCUCAAGAAUAUUUAUAGAAAUACAAAAAAAUCCAGUACCCAAGAGGGUAAAAUUCAUGCUGUCUGGUAUUCAAACAAGCCCCCGCCCAAGGGAUGAAAGUAGAAAUGAAGAGGCAGGAUCAAUGCUCCAUCUACCUUGGAAAUUCUGGACUGUUAUAAUCUCCCCCUUUCCCAUCUUAAGACUACUAUUAUUUUCUCCAUAUACCUAAGCACUGUUUGACUUAUUACAACAAGCAUGCAUUACUAUUGUUAUUUUUAAAAGACUGUGAAAAAACCAAUCAGGAGAAUAAGGCUACCAAGAAAAAGAAGACAAGAAGUUUCUGUGCCAUGCCAAAACUGACUGACUGCCCUUCUCCCCAUUUCCUCUGGCUCCCUCUCUAGAUAAAAGUUCUCACUUUUACUCUCAUCACUUGCCUUUCCUUCUCCUUCCAGGUUCUUUAGCUUAACACAGAAUGCAAGUACAACGUGGCUAGUUUUUGGCGGAAUUUUGUUUCUUGGUUUUGAUUUUAAAAUCGGCAGAUUUUAGUGUUUCACGUGUACUUCUCAAAAAAAGAAAAUAACAUCCUCUCAUAGCAAUUCAGCUGCCUUCUAUUUGCCCCACCACCUCACUCCUUGGGGCAGUGGCUGGUGGCCCAUAAGGGCUCCACCAGCCCUGCUCUGUUUGCCCAGAAUCCACGCGCCCUGUCCCUGGGCAAACAGAACCGCAACUUCUUUUGCACCUGCCCAGGUGCAAACGCGUCCUACAUCUCUUUUCCCUCGCGUGAAAGCUCUUUCUGCCAUGGGUGGCGACGGCCAGGUCUCCAGGCUGAUGAAGUAGGGCAAGUAGAGGGGAGUCAGCUGAGCGCGAAGCAAGCAGACGAAAGGAGCGGGCGAAGAGGUAGCCGGCCUAGACGGGCAGAUAAAAGGACCACUCAGUAGCGAGAGGGAGAGGCGAGAGUAACGCGCCCAGACACCAUGUGGACAGGGGGAGGAGAGCGAGCAGAGGGGGCGCGCGAAGGCUGAGCGCCCAGGCAGCCAGACCCCAGAUCGGAAGAGCGGCGCUCAGGUCCGGGGUCUCGUGUGCGGGCGGGGUGGUCCGAGGGCAGAUCGGGGCCCCAGUGCCCCUGCCGCCAGCCGCCCGCGAUGAGCGAGGCCAGCCGGCUGUGCUCGGGCUACUACAGCCUCAACCACAGCUUCGUGGAGCCCUUCCAGUGCCCCCGGCGCGGCGAGGGGGCCGCGCUCCUCUACUGCUGCGGCUUCGCCGACCUCAAGUACUGCUGCAGCGAGCCGGGCAGCUACUUCCCCUACAAGCACAGCUACAUGUGGAGCCUCAGCAUUGGUGCCCUGAUUGGAUUAGGGAUUGCAGCCCUUGUUUUACUUGCCUUUGUCAUCAGCGUCUGUGUCCUUUGCUAUUUAUUUCUAUAUGCAAAGCCUCAAAGAUUAGACACUGGCCUUAAACUUCAACACCUAGAUGCUUCUUCCAUUCAAGAAGACAAGUCAAAUAGAAAAACCAAAGUCCUCGACUCAAAUGCAGCAUCAAAUUCGACAAACGAGACAUCUUAUGAAGCUGAUGUAAUUCAAGAAAAAACAAUGGAUACAGCACAAAUCAACAUUGCUUAUCAACUAAAUUCUGUGUUUUAAAGUAUCACUGGAGAGAUGGAGCAUAAAAAUAAAGAAUGCAUUUGAAA